AUGCUUUAUUUUGAGUUUAUAAUACUGUCUACUCGAGCGAAAUUAAGUUUAUACGUUUCGCUGGUUUUGCUGGUUCUGUCAGCCUUAGCGAUCCCGGCUCACGACGACCUCGGCGCGCUGUGGCACGACAGAUCCGACGACCUGAGCGUCGCCGGCGGGUACUCCUACUCGCACUCCCACUCGUCUUCACCGCUCAAGCGGCGGGACCUGCACCACCACCACCACAGCCCCGUGUCGGUGUUCGAGGGGCCGUCCUCCUCUUCACCAUCCCGGAGCCCGCCGGCUUCCUGGCUCGCCGCCCGCGACCGGGACCGCCUCUUCGCUGGCUUCGUGCGCAACGCGCUCGGCUCCUGCGUUGACUACGCGCCGCCCACCAGCCCUCGCCCGGAGGUCGGCGCCGGCGAGUUCGCGUUCGAGCUUGACGAGAACCUCGCGGAGGCUAGCCCUGCCUGCGAGCCGUACGCCCGGGAGCUGCUCACCGGUGCCCAGGAUCGCCACCGCAUCUUCCACGAGGAGCUGGUCGUGAAGGCCUUCUUGGAGGCCGAGAAGGCUCACCGUGGCCAGGACGUGGUGCACGAUGUCGCCAUGGAUUACUACGGGAAGCGCAUCGCGACAGCCUCCUCGGACAACACCAUAAAGAUCGUCGGCGUCAGUGGCACCUCGCACCAGCAGCUGGCCACCUGA